AUGGAUCCUGACUUCGAAACCACUUUAUCAGGGGAGACGAAGGCCAAACUAGGAACAAUACACCUGGAGGAUGCUGCCAAUGAAGCGAUCGAAUUUUCGUUAGACUCGAUUGAACUCACAGAGACUGGGUACUAUACCUGGCUAGUGUCGAUCACGGUAGGGGUGGGUGGGCUUCUGUUUGGUUAUGAUACUGGUAUCAUCUCGGCUGUGCUGGUAGUACUCAAUGAUGACCUAGCCCACGAGCUAAAUUCCAACGAGAAGGAAUUGAUUACCGCUCUCACCUCCGGCGGAGCCUUUUUGGGAGCACUAGCUGCAGCUAGUGCCUUUACACUUGUACAAAUGUCAGUCGGACGAUUUGUUAUUGGGAUCGGAGUGGGGUCCGCAGCCAUGAUUAUUCCAGUCAGCUCAGUUCCAAUGAAACCAAAGAAGGCUGGCACUUAUUUCAUGUAUCGAGGCCGCAUGAUCGGCCUCGAUAACAUGUCCAUCACUGGCGGGCAGCUGGUAGCUUACGGUGUCGGCGCUGGGCUGUCGAAAGUGUUCCAUGGCUGGAGAUAUAUGGUAGGCUUGGGAGCUGUCCCAGCACUUGUUUUGGGCAUCUGUCUGCACUUUUGUCCAGAGUCUCCAAGGCAACUGAUCUGUCAUGGAAGAACCGAGGAGGCAAGCCGGGUCAUUGCAAAAAUCUUUCCCAAUGGAACAGACUUGCAAGUCCAGCAGAAAGUUCAACACAUGAAAAUUCAUGUCGAAGAAGCGCGGGGUUUGGCCGGCGAAGGAGGGCUCUGGCGGCAGCUCAAACAGCUUUAUACAGUCCCCUCCAACCUCCGGGCACUUGUGGCUGCUUGUGGACUAAUGGGUAUGCAGCAGUUUACCGGCUACAACACUCUGAUGUAUUAUUCCUCGACAUUGUUUGGGAUUGUAGGGUUCUCUAACCUAGUUGCAGUGGGGAUGAUUAUUGCCGGAACGGGGUUUGGAAUGGCUGUGUUCCUUGCGAUUGCGGCAGUAGGUUUUCACUGGAUUCCAGUCCGACCGAACCUUACUCUGAAAACCACGAACAUCGGCUGGCCUGUUUACUUGGUUCUGGCCUCGAUGAUCAUCUUCGUUAUCUUUUACUCUCUCGGCAUCGGCAACUUGGCUUGGGUUUCAAGUGAAUUCUUCCCGCUUGAGAUUCGAGCUCUUGGAACAAUGAUGAUGACAUGCACCUGCUGGCGAGCCAACAUCGUCGUCGCCUCUACAUUCUUGACGCAAAUGGAGAAUACAACACCUUCCGGGACCUUUUGGUUUUACGCCGUUUUGUGCGCUGUCGGCUGGAUCGCCAUCUAUUGCUGUUACCCCGAAGUCAAGGGAAUGACGCUGGAGGACAUUCGCGAGGUAUUCAACCAUGGCUUUGGUGUUGCGUAUGCUCGAGGCGUUCAGAAAGAACAGUCUCGUCGACGAAAAGUUCAGGCCGAAUGGAAGGACGGAGUAGCUGUUCCCUGA